GCCAGACUUUUCAGCAUACAUAAACACAGUCUGCUAAAGUGUAUCAAUUAAAAUAUAACAUACACAUACACACGUGUACGCAAAGUUUGAGAAUGGUCUGUCCAGUCCGAGUCGCCGCAGCUGCGCUAGUUACCUUUGUGUGCGCCAUCGUAGUGGUUCGAAAGUACAACACAGACGACAACAAACCGCUUACACAGGCAGAAGAAGAGAGGAAAGCGUCCCAAGAGAUCGACAGUACCUUUGGCAGAUUCAUAUCUUUUAUACUGGAUGCCAAGAAGAUUCUGGAGACGUACAGGUACGCCGUACUACCCUUGAUUGUGCUUUUCCAUGUCGAGUUAAUCUCGCAAGGUGCGAUAUGCCGGUAUCUCUUCGUUAAGAGCGAUGCCGAUGAAGUGAACCACCGGACUACACUUGACAGCACAAAUGUAAAUACGUUUGCUUUCUGCAACAGUUCGAGUGUAUUGUCGCCCCAAUUGACGGUGUACAUACUGAGCCCGAUAAGCGUAUGAGAGGACUACUCGGAAAAGAACAAAGUCCUUACGAGGCAAAAUUAUUAGUAACACAUACUCGGAGAUUGUAGAGAGCCACAACACGACACAAGCGAGAAAUACAUCUCUGGAAACAACAGUUCAAACGAACCUAUGUUAUUAGCGAAGAAUAAACAUGUAUAUAUCUCUUUUUAC